GCUGCGCGCUCCCUAGCUUCUCUCCCAGCCGCCGCCGCCUCUACCUCUUCCUACGCUUCCUUCUCUCCACCGCGGUCCCGCACCACGGGCACGCGCCGUCGCCUCGCCCCCACGGCCUACGCCGCCGCCGCGGCAGCUGCGGCUGAGGCCCCGCUCCCCAUGACGCCCCGUCCGACCAUUCAUUCGUUCACCGGCCAGCGUCAGCCAGCCAGGCGUCCAGCUCCAACACGUGUUGCCAAAUGCCAACACUCCAGUCUCCAGGUUGAAGCGCCCAGGGUGCAGCCGAAGCUGAGCGAGCCCUUCUUGGGGUUCACCCAGACCGCAGAGAUUUGGAACUCCAGGGCUUGCAUGAUCGGCCUCAUCGGCACCUUCAUUGUGGAGCUGGUGCUGAACAAGGGGAUUCUUCAGAUGAUUGGGGUGGAGGUGGGCAAGGGUCUGGACCUUCCUCUUUGAAGGGUGACCAAAUAGUGACAUUAUCGUUUGCUGGUGUAUUAUGCUGGCCGAAAAACAUGAGGGUUUCACUUGCUUUUUGACUUGGUGGCUACAUAUGCAUGUUCAUCAUGCAUGUCCUUGGAUAUCCGGAUGUUACAACAUCAACUAUGUUAAUGACUUGGUGGCUGGCCGUUUGACAGGGUUAAUUGGUGAACAAAAACGUGUGCCUUGUGAAACAGAGAAAGAUAAUUGAUGCCACCGUGAAAUUAGUACUGGUUUAUAAGGUAGUAUACAUGUGUCUCUUGUUGCCAAUGCAAAUCUGUUUCCAUGGUUGGUUCUUAUUGAUUCUUUUCUAUGCUUGCAGAUAAGAUCAAUGCAAAAAUGGGAGAAGGUGGUCUUCUCCGUUGCGCUCCUGAAAUAUUUGAGCAGUCUGGAGUGGCUAGUUUGUUUUCAGACAUUGGACUUUCUCCUCAUUCAACAUCAAUUCUCAUGAGUACCCUUAAUGCUUUGCUGAUACUCCCUUGUAUAACUGCCGCAAUGCUGCUGAUGGAUGUCUGCGGGAGAAGAUAAAACAUGAGACACCAUGAAAAUUAGUGAUGUAGUUGUGGGCUUUUGAACAAUAGCUGGAGUGAUAUAAAACAUUAGUGAUGUAGUUGUGGGCUUUUGAACUGCUUCAAGCUGGAGUGAUGUCGCUGUGGUGCUUUUGUGACUGAUCAUCUCUGGAGCUUUUGUGAAUGAUCUAGCUAACAAUCUGUAAAUGAUCUAGUUGUGAAUGAUAUUAUAAUUGUGAUGCUUUUGUGAA